AUGGAAGUAGCUUUCAACACCAUUCCCGGCUUCGACCACUCCUUCCUCGACGUCAUCCACGAGCUCAUCGAAGAAACCACCACCGAGAAGUCCGCCAGCGCCGGCCACCACCCUUUCGACACGUACCUCCGCGAAGCGCGUGCGAUGGCCGCCACCCCCGCCGACGUGAAGGAGCUCCCGGAGGCGUACGUGUUCGUUUUGGACAUGCCGUGGCUUUCGGCCGACCAGGUGAGAGUCGACGUGGAGGAGGACGGGAGGACGCUGGUGGUGAGCGGGGAGAGGAAGAGGGAGAAGGAGAGGGACCAAGGGAUACGGUACGUGUGGAUGGAGAGGCGGCUGGGGAAGUAUCUGAAGAGGUUUCCGAUGCCGGAGAACGCUAACGUGGAGAAGGUGGCGGCGAGGUAUAAGGACGGGGUGCUGACGGUUACGGUGGUGAAGAAGCCACCGGAGGAGCCCAAGAAGCCCAAGACCGUUGAAGUUCAAGUCGCGUGA